CCUCCUGUGGCCUCGUCGACCAGGUUUACGUUCGAGGAGCGACAUCUCGCAAGCAGCUGUUUUUAUACUUCCACGAACGACACGCGCGACGAACGAACGCCGCCGCCGCCAACAUGAAGCUCGUUAGAUUUUUGAUGAAGUGCGCGAACGAGACGGUGACAAUCGAGCUCAAAAAUGGCACCAUCGUCCAUGGCACCAUCACAUCGGUUUCGCCGCAGAUGAACACAGCACUGCGCACUGUUAAGAUGACGCCCAAGGGCCAGGACGCCGUCUCGCUUGACACGAUGAACAUUCGCGGCUCGACGAUCCGAUACUUUAUCCUGCCCGACUCGCUGCCGCUAGACACCCUACUCAUCGACGACGCGCCGAAACCCAAGAAUAAGGCGCGCAAGGAAGCAGACCGCGGUACCGGCGGGCGCGGCGGCAGAGGCGGCCCCAGAGGAAGGGGAAGGGGCGGCGGUCGCGGUCGCGGUCGCGGACGGGGUUAAGUCAGCUAGGGGCUAUCUUUCGAGUAGGAAUUGUAUUUGCCGAGGCCUACACCAGCGAGGUUCGAUGGACGCCAAGGAAUAUGGUAUGACGCCUUGGGGGAGACGAGAAUGCCGAUGGUUGAAGAUGUCGGGGUGGGGAGGGGGAUGUUAUUGCGGCCCCCAGAUAUGACGAAACCCGCAAUCACUUUCACAUUUGGGCCUUGGGCUUGUUAAAAAAAAAGUACCUUGCGCAUCAAGACGAACCAGAUGCUCUUUAGGCGUUGGGGUGAGGUAUGGAAAUCAAGAACACAAUUCGAGUAUAAAGAGCACUCUACCCUGCGGCAGUGUCGGCGAUGGGUGUCACAACUAUGCACAGCAGUUUCUUCCUCCUCUUCUUCUUUGCUUUGCAUGUAU